AUGAAGACUGGACUUUUAGCAAACAUUAUUUCAAGCAGAAAUAUUAUUAUAUAGAAAAAAAACAAGCCUCCUAUUGAAUUAAAAUUAGCAAAUUGGUAAAAUAUACCUUUGUUUGAAUCAUUUUCAAAAGAUGAUGAACCUGGUGGCUUAGAAGCAAAGCAGUUUUUGUGUUAAUUUGUAAGAUAAAAAAUAAAAUUUUAAGUUGAUAAAUCAACCCAGGAAGUAGUUAUAUGGGAUGACGAAUAAGACUAAUCAAAGAGUAUUAAUGAUUAGUUACUAUCUUUCUUAGCUUCUAAUAACUUUAAUAAGUAGUACUCUAAGACAAUCAACGAUUAUACUGUUCCAAUUUCAAGAGAUUUAUACAAUUAAAUAACUAUUAAAGCUAAUUAAACUUAUGAAUUUUUUUUUGAUGAAAUAAAUUCUGAAGGAUAGUUCAUAGCUUUUGAAAAAAAUACAAAUACAUUGAUAGUUUUUUAACCAUAAUUUGUUAAAAUACCUGUUAUUGGUCCUUAGUAUAAGUAAUUCCUAGAUGCCAAUUUACUUGAUAAUCAAAUACUCUCAAAAACUCAUACAAUUUGCAUUUCCUCAUUAGAAUAUGAUUCAAAAAAAACUCUCAUUUUUAAUGGUCUAUUUGAUAAGAUAAGUGUUCUAUUAAAAGAUGGUGUAGCAAGCUUAACAGAUAUGGCAUUCCUCUCUAUCAAAGAUUAGGAUUUACUUGAGUAAUAUGAUGAAUAUAUAUGCUAAGCAUAAGCAGAAAACAAAGGUAUUUGGGGUAAAUAAACUGAUUUUGAUUCACUGAUCACUAGAAUAGAUUCAUUCCUUGGAAUUGUACGCGAAGUUGAAUCUGGUAUAGUUUUAGUUAUAGAAAGAAUAGGUGAAGAGCAAAGCUAGUCUAAGAUGAUAAAAAUUUAGCUUAGUAAAAUUUAAUGUCCAUAAGGAUUAGAAAGAGGUGCUUUUGAAGCGAGAGAGUAUCUAAGAAAGCUUGUCAUAGGUGCUGAAGUCGAUGUUUUCUUAGAAAAAGAAUAGGGAUUUUUGCAAUGCGCCACUGUUAUAAUUUCUAGCUCUUAACUCAACUUAAAUUAAUAUUUAGUAAGUAACGGAUAUGCAAAAAUAAAAGAAGAAUUCAAAGGAAAUUUUACAGACCACAAAUGGAUUUAGACUGAACUUGAUUAGAAGCUAGCAAUUUAAAAUUAAAAAGGUAUACAUAAUAAAGAUUUGGGUAUUAUGAGAUUAAAAGAGAUUGGAGUAAAGGAGACAUUAGAAUUAUACUAAACUUAGAUUAAAUAAAACAUGAAUAAGGAAUAGUAUUAGUGUAUAGUUGAAAAAGUUCUCACUGGUGACAGAUUACUUAUGAGAUUUAUCAGCUUUAGUGUAAUUGUCAAAGUCAAAUUAUUUGGUAUUAAAUGUUUCCAAAAUGAUCCUAAUUAGCCUACUCUGUAGGAAAACUACAGGAAAUCAAUUGAUUAUAACUACAAGACUCUUAUGAAUAGAAAUGUCUAAGUUGACGUUAUAGGCUUACAUGAUGGUUGCUUGUUGUGUAAAGUAUAUAAUUAGAAAAAGUAAGAUUAAUCCUAACUUCUCUUAGAAGAGGGUUUAGCCUAUUUCAAAUAAGAAACUGAUAAUUAUGAUUCAAUUUAUGAAGCCUGCUAGGAAAAAGCUAAAUAGGAAAAAAGAGGUAUUUGGGAACAUGAAAAAGUAGAUGUGUUACUAGAAUUACAUGAUAACACAAGCUCGAUGUUGAAAUUUAUUAAACAAAGCAGUUCAUAAGGUGACUGCAAAGUACCUGUACAUAUAUCUUAAAUUAAAAGUGCCAAUGAAUUUUAUGUAAUCUAUGAAAAUAACCCAAUUUAGAAAUAGAUAGAUGACUUAGUUGAUAGUUAUGACUUGCCUAAGCUGUAAAAACUUAAAGUUAUCAAAUAAAAAACUUUAUGUGUUGCUAAAAGUGAAUAAGAUGGUAAACUAUAUAGAGGUAAAAUUGUUCAGAAGCCAGCUAAUUCUUAAGUUGACGUUGAAUUUAUUGAUUAUGGUUUGAUUGAAAAAUUGCCCACUGCUAAUCUUUACUAGCUACCAACAGAUUUAGCUAAAUACGAGGCAUAAUGCUAGCUCUGCACAUUAGCAUAUGUAAAAGUACCAUUUGGAAACCAUAAACUUGCAAAAGCUGCUAAAAAAGAAUUUGAAAAGUUACUUGAUAAUGGAUAUGUUGAAGCAGAAUUUGUUUAAGCAGGAGGAAAUCUAACUAGCAUAAUACUUACAUUUGAGAAUGAACCUGAGCUCGAUAGAUCUAUUAAUGCACUAAUGAUAUAAUCUGGAUUUGCUAGAAUAAACUUUAAUAUACCAAAUAAUCCUUUCUCAGAUGAAUUAUUCUAAGAUCUAGAGUACGAUGCGACUGAUUAAUAAAUUGGAAUUUGGGCUCUGAAUAAUCAAGAUAGAUUAUCUGAUGACGAAGGAGAUAGUAGUGAUAGUUAUGACUAUUGA